UGUAUCUGCCUCUGGUGAAAUUUUACAUCAGCUACCACAGUGCUCAGCCACAGCAGUUAGCCGCCGGUGCAGACCAAAACAUAGACAAUGGGCAAGAAGCACAAAAAGCACAAGUCCGAGAAGCAUGGAUAUGAAGAAUAUGGAGACAGACCACUGAAGCUGGUGCUGAAAGUGUCCGGAAAUGAAGUGACGGCAGGAAGCUCGAGCCUUGACACUUUUUAUGACGAACAGCCGGCUGACUUUGACAAACCCAAAGACAAGAAAAAGAAGAAGAAAAAGGAUAAAGAGAAAAGCUUUGGGUCACCAGAGGAGGAAAAGGGGAAGAAGAAGGUAACUAAAAAGAAGAAAGGGCAGGAUGCAGAUGGAGAUGAUGACCGGGAGCAGAGCAGGACUCCUAUACGUUCAGAGAUUGAUAAACAGGAAGAAAAAGAACAGACUCCUCUGCAGGAAGCUUUGAAUCAGCUCAUCAGGCAGCUCCAAAGGAAAGACCCGAACGCAUUCUUUUCAUUUCCAGUGACAGACCUCAUUGCUCCUGGUUACUCUGCAGUCAUCAAGCGUCCCAUGGACUUCAGUACGAUGAAGGACAAAGUAAAGAAAGAGUGCUACCAGUCACUGGAUGAACUCAAGGUUGAUUUCAGGAUUAUGUGUGAAAAUGCCAUGAUUUACAACAAACCUGAGACAAUCUACCACAAAGCAGCACGGAAACUGUUACAUUCCGGAAUGAAGAUCUUGAGCCAGGAAAGGCUGGACAGCCUGAAGCAAAGCAUAGAUUUUAUGGCUGGUCUUGACCCUUCUGCCAAACAACCUUUGAAAUCUGAGGAACAAACGAGCACCUUUCUGGACCAGAACAAGGAGGGACCUGCGACUACAGACAGCAGCGAGAGGUCACAGACACCCAGCACUCCCAGACAGGACAAAGACUCUAAGGACGAAGCAGCAAAAGCAGAGAAAGAGCUUCAGGAAAUACGCAAGGUCAUUGAGAAGUCUGGAGGAAAGCUGUCCAACAGAGUGCUGCAGUCUGAUUUGGAGUUUGCAAGGCGGAAGUCAGAUGGCUCCACCACUCUGGCUAUCCUCAACCCAGCAGAUCCCUCAGCAGGAGAUGUGGGUUAUUGUCCUGUGAAACUCGGCAUGAUGUCCAACCGGCUGCAGAGCGGUGUGAACACCUUGCAGGGUUUCAGGGAGGACAAGAGGAACAGGAUCACCCCAGUGUCCUACAUGAACUAUGGGCCAUUCACCUCCUACGCGCCAACCUACGACUCCAGCUUCGCCAACAUCAGCAAGGAAGAUUCUGACCUUAUCUACUCUCUCUAUGGAGACGAGUCCAGCCUGCAGGGCUCAGACAGCUUGUCAGAGUUCCUGGCCAAAUCAGAAGAGUAUGUGUACAAACUGGCAGACAACCUCCUGGAUGCAGUGACAAACGGAGAGCAUUCAAGAAUCCUGAAGGACACCGAGCAACAAGUAGAGCAGCUGUCAAAUAUACAAGAGGACAAGGAUACCGUGGAGGUAGCUGACCCCCAAACAUCUGACAGACUGGAUUUCCUGCGCUCUGCUGCAGGCCUGCAGAUGACUGAGGAGCUUUCUGAGGAAGCCCUGAACAUCCAGCAGAAAUUGGACGAGACUACAAAGCUCCUGCGCAACUUGCAGGAAGUUCAGAGGGAACGUCUGAGUGCCAAGCAGCCACCAAACAUGAUCUGCUUGCUGGCCCCGACUGCCAAGGAGCUGGAGCUGGCUGAGAAGGUGACAUCAAACUUGGCUGAGCUGACUAGUCAGGUGGCCCCAUGUGAUGUCAGCAGUAUCUACGGCAUCAGGAAGGCCAUGGGCAUUGCUGCCCCUCCAGACCCACCUGAGCUCUUCAUAGACCUCACUACAGUGCAGGACACGGCUGAAGCCAUGGAGACCAGUUGUCCAGAUGUGGUUCCAGUUAUCGCUGUGUAAUGAAAUUCCAAACACUCUCAUUCAGUGUAAUAACUUAAGUUUUGUACAAAAAGUGCUUUUUGUGUUACAUUUGUAUGCUUUUCGGCCAAUAAACUUUUUUUUAAUAAAAACCAACAACCUUGG